CGGCGCGGGCGCCAUGGCGGCGGCAGCGCGGCCGCUGGCGCUGCUCACCAGCUGUGCCGCGGGCUUCGCGCCCGAGGAGCUCGUCAAACGUAUCACAGGAAAAGAUGACCUUACUGUGGGUGCAAUAACAAAUGGAAGAGUGAAUUUCUACCCCUGGACGAUAGAUAACAAAUAUUAUUCUGCAGAUAUCCACCUCUGUGUGGUCCCAAACACAUUCCACGUGACUGGAGAGAUUGCUGAGGCUGUGCAGGCAUUUGUGGUGUACUUUGACAGCACAACAAAAACUGGACUGGAGGGUGUCUCUGAAUGGCUUCCCCUGACAGAAGAGUGGCUGCCAGAAGUGAUGAUCCUGGUUUGUGACAGAGUGUCUGAGAAUGGUGUAAACAGACAGAAAGCUCAAGAAUGGUGCAUCAAGCAUGGCUUUGAGCUGGUAGAGCUCAGCCCUGAGGAGCUGCCUGAUGAAGAUGAUGAUUUCCCCGAGUCCACGGGAGUGAAGCGCAUUGUGCAGGCCCUCAACGCCAACGUCUGGUCCAACGUGGUCAUGAAGGGUGACAGGACCCAGGGCUUUGGUCUCCUCAGCACCUUGGCAGGAGCAAACAGGAGCCGUGGCUGUGAAGAGACCCUGGAGACAGAAUCCAACCCAUCCCCAGGAGACAGGGAAGAAUCCCAGUCAGAUGGAGGAGAGGAUGGAGCUGGCACAAACAGCCUGGAGCCUGACAGUGCUGCAGAUCCCAUGCUGGAAAUGGACAUCCAGGAGCUGGCCAGCCUGACCACGAGGGAUGGGGACCUGGAGAACUUCGAAAGGCUCUUCUCAAAGCUGAAAGAAAUGAAAGACAAAGCUGCCACGCUGCCUCACGAGCAGAGGAAGCUGCACGCAGAGAAGGUGGCCAAAGCCUUCUGGAUGGCGAUUGGAGGAGACAGGGAUGAGAUUGAAGGUCUCUCCUCGGAUGAAGAAAACUGAAUUCCUCUGGAGCUGGGAGUGCCAGAGCAAUCCUAAAGGAAUGAUCCUUCCCUGAGUUAGUGUUCAUUGCCAAAAACCCCAUUUAGCUGUAGCUGCUUCCCUUGGUGACAGCAUUCCCCAUGUUCCACAUUCCACAACAUCUCCUGGCUCCAGAGGCUGUGUCUGACUGUCCUUUCUCCUCUCUCAGGGGACUUUGGAAGGUGACACGUGUGUGGUUCAAGGAAAUAAUGAUGAGUUUACAUUUUUCAAAUGAACAUUUUUAUGAUUUCCUCUCUGGGGUUUAAAUAAACAA